AAAAAAAAUUCAUUAAUAUAUGAUUAAAAAAAAAAAAAGGACAGCAAACAUACUUUCCUUUUUUUUUUUUUUUUUCACUUCUCUCUCUUUCGUUUGAAAAAGUAAAAGAAACUCUUCCCCGAAACGGAGAGGUUAAGGAGAAAAACAAUCAUCGCAAUCACCGCAUCAGCCACCGCAGAUUUUAAAGACUGAUCAGAUAGUCAAAGUCACUCCAUCAGUUGACUAAUACAAUCAGCAUUUAGCCCAAUCACAAUUCACAAUCCCAUCUACCACUCUCCUUCCCAACUUAACUUAACCCUCCUUAAGCCGCUAACCGUUCCAUCCCUCCCCCGCCCGACGCUGCUAAGAACUUCCCGCUUUCGUCUUUUCUAGGACCCUAUCUCUCUUUCUCUCUCUCUAGAACAUGGCAUGGCAUGGAGGUGUAGAAGCAGUAGCUGAAUUGCGACCAUGAAAAGUUUGAACGGUUGACGGAAGCUAUGGACUUCUCCCGCAGUUGCAGACUCCUGCUUCUCUUCUUCCUGCUCGCUUUCGCUGGAUAUCGAUCCUGCAAUUCCCAAAUCUGCAACUCUGGGGAUCGCUAUCUCGUCUCCAAGGCCUUCAGGUCCGUCGCUGGUUUCGAACCCUCCAGCUGGUUUAAACCCCUUAAUUCCAGCUGCCUAUACCCUCCCAUCACUGAAAUAAAGCUCUCUUCCCGGAAUCUCGCCGGCACACUUUCAUGGCCGUUCUUCAGGAACUUGUCUCACUUGCAGAGACUCGACAUCUCCGGAAAUUAUCUGGUAGGGUCGGUUCCGGGCUGGUUGUGGUCGUCGAUUCAGACCCUGGUCGAAGUCAAUCUGUCCCAGAAUCAGUUCGGAGGGAGCGUCGGGUUCGACCCGUCGUACUCUUCGUCUCCGUCACCGAUUCGGGCCCUGAAUCUCUCCCGCAACAGGUUCACCAAUCAGGUUCGGCUGUCGGGGUUUCGGAAUCUCAAAGUGCUUGAUCUUUCGCACAACGAUCUGAGGAUUUUGCCUUCUGGGUUCACCGACCUCCCCCACCUCGAGUACUUGGACGUCUCGAGCUGCAACAUUUUUGGGAAAUCAAAAUCCGUUUCGACUCUCCGCACGCUGAAGUACUUGGACGUUUCGGAUAAUGCCAUGAACGGUACUUUCCCCGCCGAUUUUCCGCCGGUCCUUACCCUCGAGUUCUUGAACAUCUCGCUCAACAACUUCACCGGAGUCCUCAGCCCCGAGAAUUCCAAGAAAUUUGGAAAAGCUGCGUUUAUUCGUGCUGGGAAUUUCUCAGAAUAUUCGGAAACGCCACUUCACAAGCCCCAAUCCGUGAUCGUGAAAAGCCUCAAAUCAGAUGGGAAAAGACCUCUGGUCGUUGGAUUGUCCUCCGCGUCCGGAAUAUUAAUAUUCCUGGUCACGGCCUCGGCCGUUUGUGUUUGUUACUUUCGCCGGAAGAAAAAGAUACGGUCAAUGAAUAAAUGGGCCAUAUCCAGACCGAUUCAACCGCCGUUCAGGAUCGAGAAAUCAGGGCCGUUCCAAUUCGAAACCGAGUCCGGCACGUCAUGGGUGGCCGACGUCAAAGAAUCCUCCUCUGCCCCCGCGGUGAUGUUCGAAAAGCCGUUGAUGAAGCUCACGUUCACGGACCUAAUCGCCGCCACUUCGCAGUUCGGCAAAGAGUCCCAACUUGCCGAGGGCAGGUGUGGCCCUCUCUACCGGGCCGUCCUUCCAGGCGACCUCCAUGUCGCAAUCAAAGUUCUAGAAACUGCCAGAGAAGUCGCCCGGAAUGACGCCGUCGCCAUGUUUGAAGAACUCUCCGGGCUCAAGCACCCCAACCUCUUACCCAUCUCCGGCUACUGCAUUGCAGGGAGGGAGAAGCUGGUUUUGUACGAGUUCAUGUCGAACGGCGACUUGCACCGGUGGCUCCACGAGCUGCCGGCGGGGGAGCCCAACGUGGAGGAUUGGAGCUCAGAUUUGUGGGAGUAUCACAACGAAGGAGAUACUGUGCCCAGGUUGCGCUCGCCGGGAAAGAUGAUGUGGCGCAUGCGCCACCGCAUCGCGGUGGGGAUAGCUCGCGGGCUGGCGUACCUCCACCACGCGGGUUCGAAGCCCAUCGUGCACGGCCACCUCGUGGCCUCCAACGUCCUGCUGGCCGAUGACUUCGAGCCCCGGAUCGCGGACUUCGGAUUCCGGAGAGACGGCGAUGCGGGGUCGACGGAAGACGACGUGUACUGCUUCGGCGUGGUGUUGAUGGAACUUCUGACAGGGAAGCCGGGGUCGGAAGAGACGGUGUCGUGGGCGAGGAGAUUGGUGAAGGAGGGGUUGGGGGCGGACGCGCUGGACCCGCGGCUGAGACUCGAUGAUGACUCGGUGAGUGAGGCAGUGGAGAGCCUCCGAGUGGGGUACUUGUGCACGGCGGAGUGGCCUGGGAAAAGACCCACCCUGCGACAGGUGUUGGGCUUGCUGAAGGACAUACAUCCCACGGCGGACUUCAGUUGACCCACGGCCCUUGCUCACACGCGGCGGUCUUUGGUCUAAUGUGACGUCGUUCUGUUCACUGUUUUUAUUCGUUUUUUUUUUUCUUUUAAAUUAUUGAAAUGAGUAGACAAAGCUUUAAAGUAGAAAAAAAGAAAAAAGAAAAAAAAAAGAAGAAGAAAAAGAAAAAGAAAAAGAAAAAGAGAAGUGGACAAAAUGAGGUGGAGGGAUGAGUUGGGAGAGGAGGCUUCUUUUAACUUUGGGCAGAGAAUCCCACUGAUGGCCUUGUUUGUCUCUUUGGAAGGAGGUGGUAAUAUUAAGUUACUUCUAGUUAUUUCUAUUUUAUUA